AUGCAUCUUGGCGCCCACAAAGAACUUCACGAUCACGUCGACGACCUCAUCGCGAGUCUACCAUCCCAGAAAGACCUCGACACCUACUCCUCCUUACGGUCUUCAUCUCCUUCCUUCGAGCCUCCGCAUCUCCGACGAAGGUCUUACUACCGCCAUCAUGGAUAUGGAAAAGCUGAAGAAGAUGCAGCAGUCGGUGCGAAUUGUGGGAAAGGUACACCUAGAAGAAAGGUCAAGAAGGUUCACAAGAGCGCGGGCAUGGACGACAAGAAGCUGCAGACCGCACUCAAGAAGCUUAAUGUCCAACCUAUUCAAGCCAUUGAGGAGGUGAACAUGUUCAAGUCUGACGGCAACGUCAUCCACUUUGCUGCACCAAAAGUCCACGCUGCCGUCCCAUCCAACACGUUCGCUAUCUAUGGUAAUGGUGAAGACAAGGAGCUCACAGAACUCGUUCCCGGUAUCCUCAACCAACUUGGCCCCGACUCCCUUGCCUCCCUUAGAAAACUCGCCGAGAGCUACCAAUCGAUGCAAGCCAAGGAAGCUGGUGAGGACAAGAAGGACGAUGACGACGAUGAUGAUAUCCCAGAUCUGGUUGCAGGCGAGAACUUCGAGGACAAGGUCGAAUAA